UCCGCAGUGCUGCCUGUCUACGAGGAGUGCGUUUGAUUGUUGCAGGACUCAAUGGCGGACAGAGCAGGGUAGUCGCGCUAGCACCGAGGACAAUAACAUCUCCGCUGUGUGAAAUCCCGGCGUGACUCGGUCCGCCGCUGCGUGCAACGGGUGAAGCGGUCUCUCUCCGGUGCACUCACAUUUAAAAACCAAGAAGUGGCUGCAGCUUUUCUUUUCUCUCUGCUCGUCUUCCUCGCAUUCUUGAGUUCACCCCCCUCCUCCUCUCCUCUCGUCUCAUCCCAGCCGGAGAAGUUAACGUUUACACUGUUCAUGGUGGCUCACUGAAGGCAGCUUUAGCUUGCGAGCAAAAAAAAAAACAAAAAACAACAACCAUGGGGGAGUCUCUCGAAUUGAUUGGGAAGCGGCUGCUUUUGCUCCUCGACGACGGCAGGUCCGCGAAUGGAUCCGAGCCGGAGAAGGCUGCCUGGGCCCGGGACUGGCUCCGGGGGACGGUGCGGGCGGUGAGCGUCAUCGGCCUGGCCGCCCCGGAGGUUGGCGGAGGAGAGGCGACAACAACAUCCACCGCUGCGGGGCUCACGGUAUUUGUGGAGUUUGAGAACGCUUCGCAGCGGUGUUCUUGGGUGCAGGUGUAUGACGAGGGGGUGAAAGCCGUGUUGGUGGAGGACUCCAUUGUUUGGGCCAAUCGGAGCGAUGGUACGGGGACGACUGGAGCGCCAGCAUCACCCACUGCCUGGCCUGCCCUGGUCUUCCGCUCCCUGGUGGACAGAGUGGGUUUAGGACCACUGGUUCCUGUGGAGUAUUUUGGAAACAAGAAUUUUGAGUUCCUGCCUGAUAGCAAAACUGUCCAGAGGUUUGAGGUUGAUAAAGACUUAAGACACCCGUUGCUAUUGGAGCAGCACACCCUGCAGACUGCCAUCUCCAGCUGGCACAAUGACUUUGAACUCCAAGAGAUCUUCAGGAAGGGUUCAUACACUAUUCAAGGACGCAGAGUUCUUGUGUACCAGCCAGAGUUUGAGGAGUGCUGGGCCUCAGGAUUGGUCUCACAGCAUGACCCUAUUUCUCACAUUAUGGAGAUUACCUUAGAUAAGGGAGAAGAAAAUCAGAUGGUAGAUCCUCGUGUGAUACAUGUCAUGCUGGCAGAGGAGGAGCUUGGUAAGAAUGGGCGACGAAGAAAGGACAGUGAAACAAUGAAGGGUGACAGCGGACGCAGACGCAGGACUGCCUCCGAAGGUGAGGAUGACUUGAACUUGAAACGUUUUAAAGGCGCAGGAGAUGCGGGAGCUGAUGGCCAAAACUGUGGCGACUCCAACAAAACUCCAGCAGAAGGGAAGGGGAUCUGGGGUGGAGACUCGAGCGAAAGAGUCAGCAGCACAACCAAAAACGGAAGCUCUUCAGAAGGAACCUUUCCUCAGGGCAGAGUGUCGUCCCCCAGCACCAAUUCCUCACUCCAGAUGGACCAAUCAAACGCUACCCCUCCUCGCUAUCCUGCCCACGUCAAAGAAAAUGGUCGUUCACUCUCCACAGGGGCGGCGGACUCUACAACUGCUGUUGCCCACACCCCCACUCCUCCUCCCCUCAAACCAGCCCCCUCUCCCUUCUCCACCACAUCUUUCCCCUCACUAGGCCAGAUGCCGAGCCUGGUCCCUGGAGCUCCAGCCCCCAAGGCUUCUCCAUCCCCCCAACCAGAUCGAGAGGAGGCCUCCCAGUCAGCUUAUUCCAAAACAGCUGCUCUUGUUUCCCCGGGGCCUGUCACCAUUUCUUGGUCGCACGACAGUGGCCCUAGUGUGGCACUUUCUGCUUCUGUGGGUUUUAGUCCUAAAGCCCCCACCUGGGGAAGCCAGACUGAGGGCUCUAAAACGGCCUCUGGCUUUCGUUUGCCCCAGGCCGUGCCCACUGCCUCGGUAUUUGGAGAUGUUACCUCUCAGACCAAUGGAGCUCCUGCCACUACUACCACAACCUCCCAGGACACUCCCAGACCCUUUGGCUUCGGCUUUGGUGGCGCAAAGAAUGAGACUCAAUCCCAGCAAGACCAAAAUUUGUUUUUCCAGUGCAUGACCCAGAAUUCUGGCUCCAGCCCAAGCCUAACUACUGGUCAGACCCAGUCCAAGGACACAAAUUACUUCACCGCAGUGUCUGAGAGUCUGAGCAAAGAGCCCCCAAGCCUUUUCAAGCCCGCAGCCUCCACUGAGGGACUGAAAAAGCCUGAGCAGCCUAAAGUGCCUGAGACCCAUCCGACGGGAAAUGGUGUGCUCAACAAAUCGUCUUCGGCCUUCCAGGGCAUGGGUGGCUCUGCAGGAGGAAGAGGCUCUGGUCUAAGUAUUGGUGGUCUGGCUGCAGCCUCUGGGACUCAAAGUACUUCUAAGAAGAGCAGUAAUAAUGGAACUUCUGUGGGGGGCUUAGGGCUGCAAGCUGGUUUUAAUACUUCAGAUAGCCACCAGAACCUUUUUCUGCAGGCCUCCAAAGAGCCUGCAAAUCCUUUUCUGGCAUAUGGGGACAAAACCUCCCACACCUCCUUUGCUGGUCUCUCUGGGACUGAGCCACAGACCCUUGGUCCUGCCUUGGACAGCAAACCAAACCUGUUCACUAUGGCAGAGCCUCCUAAGGGGAUCAUGUCUUCCCCUUUCCCAGCACUCUCGACAGCUGCUUCACCCAGCUCUUCCUCCUCUCCAGCACCAGCCUCAUCACAGAGGUCACAAAAUGAAGGCACUGUGAUAAAAGAGGAGCAAGAUGUUGGGGAGAUGCCUUCAUCCACCUCAAGCUGCCCCAUGUUUGUAAGCACUGGCCCUAGUGGAAUGGAGGACGUCCCUGUGUCCUUUGACCAGAGCCAGUCUCAGAAGUUUAGCCUGGAGGAAAGGGGCCAGUCGUCUAAACGUGACUCUGACUCCAGCAGCAACAGCGACCUGUCAGACCUGAGUGAGAAUGAGGAGGGACCAGAGAAAGGCCAAGUCCCAGGAGGACCACACCCUACCAAGGAUGGAGCCAUGUUGCAGAAAUCUAAAGUCCAAGGGGCCGCUAAGAGCCGUCCACGUAACAAGCCUUUCAAAGUGGGCCAGUCUGUACUAAAAGACCAGAGCAAAGUGCGCCGUCUGAAGCAGUCUGGUGAGUCGUUUCUCCAGGAUGGCUCCUGCAUCAAUGUGGCCCCUCACUUGCACAAGUGCCGCGAGUGCCGGCUGGAGCGUUAUCGUAAAUAUCGAACUACAGACCAGGACAGCGAUGAUGAUGACGAUCCAAAUGUGGCCUGUCGUUUCUUCCACUUCAGAAGGUUGGCGUUCACUCGUAAAGGUGUACUGCGUGUGGAAGGCUUCCUAAGUCCUCAGCAGAGCGAUUCCAUGGCCAUGGGUCUGUGGCUACCUGCACCAGCUGUCCAAGAGGGCCUUGACCUCGAUACAUCCAAGUACAUCCUAGCCAAUGUGGGAGACCAGUUCUGUCAGUUGGUCAUGUCUGAGAAGGAGGCCAUGAUGAUGGUGGAGCCUCACCAGAAAGUGGCGUGGAAACGUGCUGUACGAGGCGUCAGAGAAAUGUGUGAUGUGUGUGAGACCACCUUGUUCAACAUCCACUGGGUGUGUCGCAAGUGUGGUUUUGGAGUGUGUCUGGACUGUUAUCGGCUCCGCAGGAACAGGCCACGGGAGGAUGUAGACGAAGGUCCGGAGGAUGAGGUUUUUGCUUGGUUGAAGUGUGCCAAAGGCCAACCUCAUGAGCCACAGAACCUCAUGCCCACACAGAUUAUACCUGGGACAGCUCUUUACAACAUAGGUGACAUGGUACACUCAGCGAGAGGAAAGUGGGGUAUUAAGGCCAAUUGUCCCUGUGCCAGUCGACACACUAAGCCUCUAGUGCGCCCUAGUGCCCCUAAUGGCAUUUCACAGCAGUCUACAACGAGCAGUGGUGGAGUACUCGUAGCUGCAACUUCUGGUAUUGGCUCCACUCCAAAGUCAGAGGGAGAAACGUCAGUAAUCAAAACAGAAACUACACAAACAGCAGCACCAUCAGACAGUGGGGGAGGUGAAACUGUGGGCAGUACCAGUAACUCCACCAGUGGUACAUCCUCCCCCUGUAACCUCACCCAGUCCUCUGCCAAGGAGUCGCGCUCAUCAGGAGAGGGCAACAGCUCUGCUCUACACUGGUUGGCAGACUUGGCCACACAGAAAGCCAAGGAUGACACCAAGGAAUCCGGUUCACUUCGCUCCAUGAUGAGUAGAGACAGCCGGCCUCCCUUUGGCCUGGACUCACUCACUGCCCUGUCGAAGCCUUCAGCUUCCAGCCCUAAGCUAUUCAACAGCCUGUUACUGGGCUCCAGUAUGGCCCAGUCCAAACCUGAGGGGUCCAGUCUCCGGGACCUGCUCAACUCCGGACCAGGCAAACUCCCCCAGGGUCCUGGAGAAAGUGGGGUACCAUUCCCCUCUGUCUUUACCUCAGCAGGCAGUGACAAACUGAAGAGCAGCCUCCCGAACUUCCUGGAUCACAUCAUUGCCUCAGUUGUGGAGACCAAGAAGGCAGAAGGCCGUCGUACCGGUGCCUCCGAGGGUGGCGAGCUUGGUGUGUUGGGGGGCCGUAAAGACGGAGUAAUGGGCCUUAGUGUUUUGGAACCACAUACCUCACACUCCUGGCUCUGUGACGGACGACUCCUCUGCCUACAGGAUCCCAGCAACAGCAACAACUGGAAGAUCUUCAGAGAGUGCUGGAAGCAGGGACAACCUGUGUUGGUGUCAGGAAUUGAUAAACGUCUGAAAGGUGAUUUGUGGCGGCCCGAUGCCUUCAGUAAGGAGUUUGGAGACCAGGAUGUAGACCUGGUCAACUGUAGAAACUGUGCUAUCAUCUCUGAUGUGAAGGUGCGCGACUUCUGGGACGGCUUCCAGGUCAUCUCCAAGCGACUGCAAGAUGUUGAUGGCAAUCCCAUGGUUUUAAAAUUGAAGGAUUGGCCUCCAGGUGAAGACUUCAGAGACAUGAUGCCCACACG